UCCCUCCAUAUCUCUCUUUUUAUUCACCUUUCUCAAUGCUAACCUUAGUUACGUGAUUUUGGUCUAGUUUGUCGCCAAACUAAAAGAUCCCAACUUCCAAACCCAACCACAUGAAUCCACAUUGCACAUUUUACUUAAACAUAAACCCUACCCUUGUUCUCUUUCUAGUUAGCAAGAUUUUUCUUUAUACCCACCACCCAAACCCUUUGUCGUCACUUUUUGAGAUGAUCGUUUAGGGUAAUGUGAGUGUUAAGAUAGUAAUAAUGAUAUAAAUACAGAAGAAGGAAUGGAAGAAGCACAAAUGUCAAAUAUACCAGGUAGUUUGAUCAUCAAAUCCCCUUGCUAAAAAUAGACAAAAAAAAAAUUACCCACUUCAAAGAAAAAAACCACCCCAUAAUUCACCCACUCACACCCACCUCUCUUCUUCCCAGCUUUCUCUUUAAACCCCCUAUUUCCUGAUUGCCGAGCGUCGAUCACCGGUAGUGUUUGAUCUGAGCAGGCCUGCAGAGAGCCACUGAAAUCCAAAUACUACAAACACACACAAAGCUGUCUGAGACUCUUUUUUUUAUAUCUAGUUCUUUUCUUUUCUUUAGGUAUAUAGAGAGAAGCUAAAAAAGGAAAGAAAACGAAGGUGGGUAAGACUAAUGAUGAAGGAACAAGGGGCGGGUCAUGAGAAACCCGAGGCGUGUGCUCGGAUGGCAAGUGGAGAGGGUGUUACUACGGAGGGGGAUAAGGCCCGUGAUGGGUCGGAUCGGGGCGGGGUGACGGGUAGUCAUGACCUUGUUUCUGUGGUUGGUUUUAGUGUCAAGAGGAAGAAAAGGAUGCCCAGACAGAGGAGACCAUCUUCCUCCAUCAACCACCUUUUCUCUUUUACUGCUGCUACUGUUUCUUCUUCCCGUUCCUCUUCCACCACCACUUCGCACGUGCCUUCCUCCUCUCAUCUGCACCACCUUCUCUCUUUCCCCGCACGUGUAAUUGAUCAAAGGAGAUUGAGUUUUCUGUUUCGAAAGGAACUUAAGAACAGUGAUGUAAGCUCCCUGAAGAGGAUGAUACUUCCAAAGAAAGCUGCUGAGGCACAUCUCCCUCUCCUGGAGUCGAAAGAAGGAAUUUUUAUCAGCAUGGAUGACUUGGAUGGUCUGCAUGUUUGGAACUUCAAAUACAGGUACUGGCCCAAUAACAGUAGCAGAAUGUAUGUUCUUGAAAAUACUGGGGAAUUCGUUAACACGCAUGGAUUACAACUGGGAGACUUCAUUGUUGUGUAUAAAGACGAUCAAAACCAGAAUUAUGUCAUUCAGGCUAAGAAGGCCUCCGAUCAAGAUUUAUAUGCUAAUAUAGCUACAAAUGCUGUUAACGACAUCUUUUUCCACGAUUACGAGGUUAACAAAUCCAGCUCCUUUUACAUGAAUUAUCCGAUGGAGGAUAAUACCGGCUUGUCAUUUAUCUACGACACCACCACCACCACCUUCUCCGAUGACUCACCACUUGAUUUUUUGUGUGGAUCACUGACUAGCUAUUCAAGGAUGGGGCAUAUGGAAAGCUUUGGAUCAGUGGAGAGCUUGCCGCUGGACGAGUUCAAUUAGGAUUAAUUAAUUAAUUAAUUUAGAUCAUUAGGUUAGUGCAUUUGGUUAAUCAAACAUAACAUCCACUAUUGAAAGUAUAAGAAUAGAGGGUGUGAUGAUCAGACUUCAUAUUUUUCACUAAGCAGUGUACUUUGUCAAGUGCCCUGUUGUUGUUUAUUCUUGGUUCCGCAUGGACAUUUGGGCUUGAUUCAGACUUUUUAACACUUCUUUCCAUUAAUAAGAUUAAGCUAGCUUAUAUUUUAGAAAGUAAA